AUGUUUCAUCCGCGUGUAAAACGUUACAUAGAGGCCAUCAAGUAUUACAACGAGAGCAUCACCCUCGCGGAGAAAGGGACGGAAGAAAGGGCACUUGCAUAUGGCAAUCGGUCUAUAGUAUGCCUGGAGCUUCACCAGUAUGAGGAUUGCUUGAAAAAUAUACGUCUUGCACGGGAAUCGAACUAUCCCGCACGAUUGGCCGGCAAGCUAAAGAAACGUGAAGCCGAUGCCAAACAAGCACUGGCAAAGGCCACCAAAAAUACGAAAGGUUCUACUACCCCUGCGAAUGAACCAGCGCAACGAGAGUUGAAGCUAAGCUACACUGGUCACGAAAAUAUGCCACAUGUGGCAAAGUGCUUACAACUUCAACAGAAUGACGAAUACGGACGGCAUGUGGUGACUGAUCGUCCCCUGAACCCGGGCGAUAUCGUGAUGAUCGAUAAACCUUUCGUUACGGUGUUGGAAGAUCCACUGCGAUAUGUACGGUGUGCCUAUUGCUAUCACGAAACUACUUUUACACUGAUUCCUUGUGAGGGGUGUACCGUGGCUAUGUUUUGUUCGGAGGAGUGUUUGAGCAAAGCACACCAGCAGUACCAUCGCUAUGAGUGCGCAGUCAUUGGAGACAUACUGCGUUGUUCUGCUAAUACCAUUCCCGUGAUGGCAAUACGUACGAUUGCGUUAGCGAUCACAACCUUCGAUCACGACCUGAAAUCACUGAAAACGCAUCUGGAUAGUUUGGAUGAAUCGAGGCUCAACGCUUUUACCAUGAACUGGAAACUCACUAAACUGUUUAUCGUCACCGGAUGA